AUGAUGCACGCGGUCAGCGCCGCCAAAACCUCCAUCAACCGCACUAUUCUGACGGCGCUGGAGGAGGAGCGGCAGUACCUGGAGCAGGCUAUGCUUCCCGUCAGCUACAAGCUCCCGAAAGGUGCUGACUACAGCGAACUCCCCACCUACCCAAAACGCCCGCACUUCGACCAGGCAGCGAAGCAUCCCAGCACGCAGGUCGUCAUCUUCGAUGGCUGCCCCAACGACCCUUAUCACCCGACCUCGAUGCCCAUCUACCAAACCGCGACCUUUGUCCAGCCCGACAUUGAGGAGUUCGGUCCGUACGACUACAGCCGUAGCGGCAACCCGACUCGCACGGCCAUCGAGACCCUCGUCGCCAACCUCGAGGGGGCCCACGCUGCCUUCGCUUUUUCGUCCGGCAUGGCGGCACUGCAGACACUCGUGACAACGCUGAACGCUGGCGACACCAUCCUCGCCAGCAGCGACCUUUACGGGGGCAUGCACCGUCUCCUGACACAGAUCACCUCGUGCCUCGGGAUGGCCGUUGUGUUUGUGCCGAUGUGGGACACGGAGGCGGUGCGCAAGGCGCUCGUCGAGAACCCGGCGGCGAAGCUGCUGCACAUGGAGAGCCCUACGAACCCGCUGAUGCGAAUUGUCGACAUCCGUGCUGUCUGUGAGGCUGCCCACGCGCACAACGUAAAGGUGUCCAUCGACAAUACUAUGAUGUCCCCGCUCCGCUGCACCCCGCUCGCCCUGGGCUGCGACUACUCCAUCCACAGCGCCACCAAGUUUCUGUGCGGCCACAGCGACACUAUGUGCGGUCUUAUCUGCGUGAAGUCUGAGGAGGAUGUGAAGCGGGUGGCCUUUCUGCAGAAUGCGCAGGGAAACGCACUCGCCCCGUUUGACUGCUGGCUGCUCCUGCGUGGCAUCCGCACGCUGUCCAUCCGCGUCGAGAAGCAGGAGCUGAACGCCGUCGCGGUGGGGCUGUUCCUGUCGCGUCAGACCCACGUCGUGUCGCGGCUGCACUACGCCGGUUUGAACCCCGUCACGUCCCCCCAGAUCUCCUCCCUAACUGAGGAGAACUUCUACCUGCACCGCUCGCAGACCUCUGGCCCUGGCAGCGUGCUCUCCAUUGAAACCGGCAGCGUCAAGCGCUCCAACGCGUUUGUACGGGCCUGCAAGCUGUUCAAGCUCACCGUCAGCUUUGGAAGCUGCAACUCCCUCGUCGAAAUGCCCUGCCUCCUCUCGCACGCGUCCAUCCCGAAGGAAAUGCGCACACUUCCAGCUGACCUAAUCCGACUGUCGGUGGGUAUCGAACAGAUCGAGGAUAUACUUGCCGACCUAACGCAGGCCAUUGCCGCCGCGGUCGCCAUCCAUGACAAUGACGGGUCCUGCUGA